CGCAUACAUUGACUCGCCAUGCCAUGUUGGCUGUGCCACAACUGCUAACAAUAGUUCAUGCCGUGCCCAGCACAAGGAUACGUCUAUGCAGCGACAAAGACAAUGCGUGGUCCAGGUGCUUUACAAGUGGGUUUGACCUAAAUACAUAUACCUCAUGUACAUAGCUUGCGCUUUCGGUCCAAGGACUUACCUCACACAUUCGUUUACUUGGUAUACUCGCCGACCAGUCACAGGUUGUUGUUGCUUCUGUUUCUGGCAUUGCCUUGGUUUAGAAACAUCAAACACCGAGGGGCUCAUCUUCGUUCGUCGUCGACUACUUAUGAAUUAGGGCACCCUACACAAACAAUUGCCGAAUCCACCACAUUCAUUUAUAUUACAUUCGUUCCUUCUUAUUAACGCAUUCGUUCACUACCAUGAGGUACCUUCGAGUACUCUUGUUGCCUGUCGCUUUCCUUAGUUUUACUUGCGCCAACUUCACAGACGAUGCUAUUGCUUCUAUCCAGACACUACAGAAGACCUGGUACAAUUUCGAUACUGGCCUCUGGGACGACUUUUGGUGGCAGUCCGGCAACAUUCUUGAGGCUAUAGCUCAGUUUGGUAUAGAAGAUCCAGAUUUCAAAGAUGUCGCAGCAAGCAUUGCCGCAAACACCUACGCCAAAUCGCCCGAUCAACAUGGAGCGAAGCAGUGGACAAAUAAGUUCUAUGACGAUAUGGGCUGGUGGGCCAUGGCCUGGAUCGCCUCUUACGACUUGACUGGAGACAAGAAGUAUCUUGAUAGCGCCAAAUCUAUCUUCCAAGAUAUGACUAGUGGCUGGAACACGCCCUGUGGUGGUGGAAUAUGGUGGUCAGAAGACCGCGAUUAUAUCGCUGCCAUCGCGAACGAACUCUUCCUCGCCGUGGCUGCACACCUUGCAAAUCGCUGUAGCGGCCAAGAGAGACUCGACUACCUCAACUGGGCUGAAAGAGAAUGGGAGUGGUUCAGCAAUUCCGGCCUCAUUAACUCGGAUGGACUGAUCAAUGAUGGAAUCGACCCGGCUACCUGCAAGAACAACGGCGGGACAACCUUCACCUACAACCAGGGCAUCAUCCUAGCUGGUCUUUCUGAACUUUCGCGCGCAAAGUCCGAUAGUAGCCUCGUCGAUCGUGCCUACGAUAUCUUUAAUGCUGUAUCAAAACACCUUACCGAUUCCAGCGGUAUUCUCACGGAACCCGUCUCCGGAGCUUUGGACCCAGUCGCAUCACAGUUCAAAGGCGCUUUCGGACGAGGCCUGUUGACACUAUAUCAGUAUAAGCCACGAAAAGAAGUCAAGCAAUUCUUCUUGAUCAACGCUAAUGCUGCUCGAAGCGCACGAAAGGGAGAUGGUGGCGUUAUUCCCGGUCGCUGGCAGGGAGAUAGCAGCGAUGGUAACACAUGCACGUUGGCUAGCGGCAUUGACAUCCUUGUGGCUGCGGCAUAUGCUGAGAAGCAUUAGUCUACGUCUCCUUGUGGUCAUUUGUAACGUUCUAUACCCCGUUUGUGUUCUUUUUUUUAUUUAUCUCAAUGGGUGUUUGGCGCUAUGGCGUCUUGAGUCCUAUUCCAGAAAAGGGGUAAGGCAGCUGGGUCUGCAUUUGUGUAUACUGUAAUGAUGAAUGUUUAACGUAGUUCCAGCCUUGACGAAUCCUGAAUCGUCGUGACUCUGGCAGAAUCAAAUUUCUAC